CAAAUUACGUUCAGACCGGAGCAAUCGAUCCAGAGCUGCAGCUGUGAACUCUUUCACCCUAUGCUUUCACCUCCUUCUCUGCACAGGCUUGGGACUGUUCUGUUGAAAUAGCUCGGGCUUAAUCUCUCUUUCACCAUGGCAACGUCUGUGAAGCUGAAUACCGGGGCAGAUAUGCCCAUUGUCGGGCUGGGCACGUGGAAGUCUCCUCCAGGUAAAGUGGCAGAGGCUGUGAAGGCGGCCAUCGCUGCGGGCUACAGACACAUCGAUGGCGCCGCAGUGUACAACAAUGAAACGGAGGUUGGAGAGGGAAUUCAGGCCAUGAUAAAAGAUGGUGUGGUAAAAAGAGAAGAACUGUUUGUGGUCAGCAAGCUCUGGUGCACCUUUCACGAGAAGGCCUUAGUCAAGGGAGCUUGUCAGAAGACUUUAAGUGACCUAAAACUGGACUACCUGGAUCUUUACCUGAUUCACUGGCCAAUGGGCUUUAAGUCUGGGCCCGAUCAGUUUCCAUUGGACAGUGAAGGGUUAACCAUCGGUGAUGACACCAGUUUCUUGGACACUUGGGAGGCCAUGGAGGAGUUGGUGGAUGCUGGGUUGGUCAAGGCCAUUGGCAUCUCCAACUUUAAUCGAGAACAAAUCGAAGCCAUCCUGAAUAAACCAGGACUCAAGUACAAACCUGCCAACAAUCAGGUUGAGUGCCAUCCAUAUCUGACUCAGGAGAAGCUGAUCAGCUUCUGUCAGUCCAAAGGCAUCACAGUGACUGCUUAUAGUCCUCUAGGUUCUCCAGACAGACCUUGGGCUAAACCUGAAGAUCCCUCACUGCUUGAUGACCCAAACAUUAAGGCCAUUGCAGAGAAGCACAAAAAGACAACCGCCCAGGUCCUCAUCCGCUUCCACAUUCAGAGGAAUGUCAUCGUCAUCCCCAAGUCUAUCACACCUCAGCGUAUUCAAGAGAACUUUCAAGUUUUUGAUUUUGAACUGAGUGAGGAUGAUGUGAAGACCAUUUUGGGCUUCAACAAGAACUUCAGGGCUUGUCCAAUGCAUUGGGGUGUGAAGCACAAAGACUACCCGUUUAAUGCUGAGUAUUAAAAGAAGACAACUCACAACAUGCGUUUCUCUGUUCCUGAGAAUGCUUUUUUGUCAUUGAUCAGUGUGAAAAUGCUCUUCAUUUUGCAUUACUAAACUUGUUACUGAGAAACUAGGUUACUGAAAAAUGUUCAUUCAGUUCAUCCCUGAGGUUUGGAAUUUAAAUUUUAAUGGAAAUGUAAAAAGGCUUUGAUAAGCAUAUGCACUAGUAACUUUUUUUAUUUGAACAAUGUCACAAAUUUUGCACAAUUGGGCAGAUAACAAGAGAAAGUUUUGGUCCUGGUGAUAUUUUUUUAUAUGAAUUAAUACACACUCCUUAUUUUCAAAAUGACAACAAAAGCACUUCCAGUUCUCAAGAGCAGCUCUUGUUUAUGGUGUUGAUGUACGCUUUAAAAAUCCAAAUAAAGCUCUGUCAAACAGC